ACUUUGAAGAUAAUUCCUCAACAAUAUGCAAUUCAUUAGUACAAAUAUUUAUCUGUCCUUAGAGUACUACAAUGAUAAAUAUGGAAUAAAGCAAGUGCGGAAAUACUUUAACUGCAUUGUUAACAAUUUUAUCGCAUUUUUGUCCCAGUUAAAAAAGUGUCAGGUGUAGGAUGGACGCCGGUUACACCCUAACUCUCGAAAACCCCAAACGGACGGCAAACAUCAUCUCCAAACUGUUUUUCCUAUGGAUGGUAAAACUGUGCUACAAAGGGACCAAAAAAGGUCUCGAAAUCGCCGACUUGUACAAAACUCUAUCAUGUGAUCAAUCUGAAAAACUCACCGAUGAGUUGGAGAAACACUGGAAUGAAGAAGUCGAGAAAAAUAAAUUAAAACUACAAAAACCGCCAAGUCUGACACGCGCAAUCGUCAAGACUUUUCUCUGGAAAUACAUGGGGUUCGGGAUUUUAUUAUUUGUGCAAAAUAUCGUGUUCCGGGCGUUCCAGCCGGUCAUUCUGGCCUAUUUUAUUAAUUUAUUUUCGGGCGAAGGCCAGGAUAAUCAGAACGAAAUGUACAUUUUUGGGUCGGUCUUAGUAAUUCAGACCUUUUUUAUCGUCAUAACAAUGCACCACAUCGACCUAGGACAAGCCUCAAUCGGGAUGCGGAUCCGAGUGGCAGUCUCGUCACUCAUUUACCGAAAAAUGUUGAAGCUCAAUAAGCGGUCUUUAGGCUCAGCAUCAGCUGGCCAAGUGGUCAAUUUGCUCUCAAACGAUGUCAAUCGUUUCGAUUUCAUCACUUUGGCCCUUCACUAUUUAUGGAUAAUGCCCUUCCAAGUCGUUCUAGUGACUUAUUUGAUCUGGCGGGAGAUGGGAGUCUCGACCUUAGCUGGAGUUCUCUCCAUGCUAUGUCUCACCCUCCCAGUUCAGGGGUAUUUGGGCAAACUGACCUCAAAACUGCGCCUCAAAACGGCCCAAAGGACCGACUACCGUGUCAAACUCAUGAACGAAAUAAUCUCCGGCAUCCAAAUCAUCAAAAUGUACGCUUGGGAAAAACCCUUCGAACAAAUCGUAAAACAGGCCCGUAAACACGAAAUUGACGUCGUCACCCAAGCCUCAUACUUGCGAGGAAUUUACUUGAGUUGUAUGGUGUUUAUAGAGCGCACCACUUUAUUCCUGACAAUCACAUGUUACGUCCUUUUGGGCAACCCAAUAACCGCGGAUAAAGUCUUCUCAAUUGCCCAGUUUUACAACAUUUUGCAACUAGCUUUAGCCAUUUGUUACCCCAUGGCUAUAACUUUCGGGGCUGAAACGCUGGUCUCGAUCAAACGACUUUGCGACUUCCUGGUUUUGGAGGAAAAACCGCAAUCGCAAAUCGAGCGAAAGGCGGAGCAAGACAUCGAGUUCGAUAACACCAGUGGUGCCUGGAAUAGCGACUCUUUGACUCUCCAAAAUUUGGAUUUAUUUAUCCCGCAAGGGACGCUCUGUGCUAUCGUGGGCCCUGUGGGGGCCGGCAAAUCCUCAAUCCUCCAAAUGUUGCUUGGAGAGCUGCCUCCAAUCACUGGGUCGAUCAAAGUGGGAGGAAAAAUCUCGUAUGCGUCACAGGAACCGUGGCUUUUUGCAGCAACUGUCCGAAAUAAUAUUCUGUUCGGACGGGAGUAUGACAGAGCCUUGUAUCGUGAAGUGGUAAAGGUUUGUGCCUUGGAGCGGGAUUUUAAGCAGUUUCCGCAAGGCGAUAGGACAGUAGUUGGGGAACGAGGAGUGUCUUUGAGUGGGGGCCAAAGGGCAAGGAUUAACCUAGCUAGGGCUGUGUAUAGAGGAGGGGAUGUUUACCUCCUUGAUGAUCCUCUCUCGGCUGUUGAUACACACGUAGGGAGGCACCUUUUUGACGAGUGCAUUGUCAAGUAUUUGAGGGGCAAGACGAGGGUUUUGAUCACGCACCAGUUGCAAUAUUUGAAGAAAGCCGACCACAUUGUGGUCCUCAAUGAAGGACGGAUUGAAGCACAAGGAAAGUUCCAAGAACUGAUCAAUAGUGAUUUAGACUUUACGAAAUUAUUAGCCUCUCAGGACGAGACAGAAAAGGAAGAAACCGCCAAGGCGCCAAGAAAAUCGUCCGUUGUCUCGCAUAAAAGUAACGUAAGUGAGUCAAGCGAGUUUUUUGAGCCAAGUGACGAUAUGGAAGACCUGGACUAUUCGAAUUCCUCGCCGUUUAAAGACUAUAUCAAAGCUUCGGGGAACAAAUGUGCAGUUUUUGGCCUGCUUUUGGUGCUUUUGCUGGGACAGUCGGCGUGCAGUGCUGCCGAUUAUUGGGUCACUUUUUGGACCCAACAGGAGGCCUACAGAUACCUAAACUCAACCCAAAUCAUCCAAAAAUCGGAAAAUUAUUCCCAACUCACUGACGACAUCCUCAUCGACAAUCAAGAGGUGUAUUUGAUCAAAACCGAAGUUGCGAUGUACAUUUAUGGGGGCAUUAUCGCUUUCGCGAUCUUUUUCACACUUGUGCGAUCCUUCGCAUUCUUCAAAAUGGCAAUGACUGCGUCCAAAAACCUACAUGGUAAAAUGUUCCACGCCCUUUUGCAAGCCCCAAUGAGAUUUUUCGACACGAACCCCAGUGGGCGCGUCUUGAACCGAUUUUCGAAAGACAUGGGGGCCAUUGACGAGUUUCUUCCGCGGGUUUUGGUGGAAGCCAUCCAAAUUCUUUUGGUGAUGAGCGGGAUCUUGGUCAUGGUCACGAUCGCCAACUAUUACAUGGUCGUAGCGAUGGUUAUAAUCGGGCUAUUGUUCCUAAAAGUGAGGUCCUGGUACGUGGCCACGGCCAAAGACGUCAAACACUUGGAAGGGAUCACAAAAUCAAACGUCUAUUCGCACUUGAACUCGUCAUUCAGUGGCAUUACGACAAUUCGGGCCGCUGAAGCCGAGGUCAUGUUGGCAAAGGAGUUUGACAAACACCAGGAUAAUCACACAUCGGCCUGGUUUUUGACCAUUGCGACCAGAGUUUGCUUCGGCCUAUGGCUGGACUUGCUGAGCAUCGUUUUCAUUUUUUGUGUCAUUUUUAGUUUCAUUGUUCUGAACCAAUUCACUCAAGUGAGUGGAAGUUUGGUCGGUUUGGCCAUUUCCCAGUCACUCAUCCUCACCGGAAUGUUACAAUUCGGCAUGAGACAAACCGCCGAAGUCGUCAAUCAGCUCACAAGUGUGGAACGCGUCAUGCAAUACACAAAACUUGACAGCGAAUUCACGGAAACCAAAAAAACAGUCUCUUUUCCCUGGCCUAGUAAAGGCAUGAUUGAAUUCCAGAACCUUUCCUUGAAAUACUCCGAGUUUGAUCCUCCGGUUCUCCGCCACUUGAACCUAACCAUAGCCCCCGGAGCCAAAAUCGGGAUUGUUGGGCGGACCGGAGCCGGAAAAUCGUCCCUGAUUUCGGCGCUUUUCCGCCUUGCGCCAAUCGAGGGGAAAAUUUUGAUCGACGGUAUUGACACAAAAACCAUCGACUUGAACCGCUUGAGGAAAAAAAUCUCGAUUAUUCCCCAAGCACCUGUGCUUUUUUCGGCAACGCUGCGCUAUAAUUUGGACCCGUUUCAAGAGUUUGAUGAUACAAAAUUGUGGGAUGUUUUGGAACAGGUUGAAUUAAAAGAGAGCAUUCGGCAUUUGGACGUUCCCGUGUCUGAGGGCGGGAGCAAUUUUAGUCUAGGACAGAGGCAGCUCUUGUGUUUGGCGAGGGCCAUCCUGAGGAAUAAUCAAAUUCUGGUUUUGGAUGAGGCAACAGCCAAUGUGGAUCCAAGGACUGAUGCUUUAAUCCAACAAACCAUCCGCCAAAAAUUCCACAAUUGCACGGUCUUGACCAUUGCCCAUCGUUUAAACACCAUAAUGGACUCGGAUAGGGUUCUGGUAAUGGAUUCGGGGAAAGUAGCGGAGUUUGACCAUCCCCACUUAUUACUGCAAGAUGAAGAUGGGCAUUUUGCCAAAAUGGUCGCAGAAACAGGGCCUGCGAUGACGCAGCAAUUAAAGCAAAUUGCACAUGAUUGUUACUUAAAAAACUUGAAGUAAUUGUGUUUGAAUAAACGUAUUUAUUUGUA